CUAUGGUGUUGGUUAUCCUGUCUGUUGCGUCUGUUAGAUAGCGUCAUUUUGUGCGACUUUUUCGUGCUUGUUUGGUGUUAGCGUCAUUGAAGGAAUUAGGAGUAUAAAUAAAAAUGAGGCGCUUGUCCAUGAAAUCUAAGAAGGGAAAAGCUGAAAGCAGUGACAGUGAGGGUACACACGAAGAUGAAGUAGAAAGUAGAGAUGAUGCCCCGAGCGAACACGAAUCUGCCGCUGACGAGGGUGCAAAAUUCAAAUCCAAACGGAAAAGCAGGCAUGCUAAAAAGAAAGGAAAUAAUGCGGGAUCAGAGGAUGGUGGUACAGAAUCAAAGAAGAGGAAGCGAAGUGUUGCUGGUAAUGAAAAAGCUGAGGCAGUAGAGUAUGAGGUGGAAAGCAUUGAGGACAUGAAGCAAAGCCAAGGGAAACGUCAGUUCAAGAUCCGCUGGAAGGGAUAUGAGCCUGAUAAUGACACGUGGGAAAACGAGGAAGAUCUCAGCUGUCCAAAUCUUAUUAAGAGCUUCCUAGAGAAAAACAGAUCUGAAAGAUCAAAUGAGAGCAAAGUCGAGAAACAGGUGGGGAGGGGAGCUAACAGUAGGACCCCCAAGAAGACUAAGACUGAAGAGGCGAAGGGUAAUGAAAGGGAGACUAAUGAUAGGGAAUAUGAGGUGGACAAAGUGAUGGAGGUUCAUUUCAAGAAGAAUGGAUCACGAGAAUUUCUGAUUCACUGGAAAGGGUUCUCUCACAAGGAUGACACUUGGGAACCAGAGAAGAACCUCAAUUGUCCAGAUCUUAUCGAGAAGUUCAUGGAGAAGGUUAACAAGGCCAAGUCUUCAGCUGCACGUGAAUUGAGGGCAAAUCCACAACACACAGAUCGGUUCACGUUGAAUAUGUCUCAGGCUGGACGGCGCCUAAGCCGACGGAAUCAGGGGAAGCAGCGUGCUACUUACCAUGGCUACAUGUGAACGCUCCUGAUAUGAAGAAUGGUGGAUGAUCUACACGUAGAAGCAACUGAAAAUAUCAUUUUGAAAUGUGUCGCUACAUCCUCACAAGAGGGAGUUUUAAAAAACUGAUACAUGUUUUGGAGCAAACAGAAAAUGAAGUGGACAAAAAUUUAUGCAUUUUGAAUCAUAAGUAGCUGCACUGAAUAUGGUUUGUUGAGAGCUGUGUGCUGGGUGCCCUGUAUUGUAGUUAUUUUGUAUAGUCAUUCGAUGUGAGUUUUAAAAUGACUAUGAAAAUUUAAUUUUUGUUGUGUGAUAUUUUCUUUUCAAAAUUUAAAGUAGCUCCACUUUUAAUUUUACCUCCCUUUUUUAAAAGUAUAAGAUAUGCAUUGAGAUACAUGAGCAGUUAAUUAUAUAUUUACUGUAUAUAUCAACUACUGUAAAUGCAUAGUGAUGUUAGGAUAAUGGGCACCCUCCAUAUUUUGAAGUAUUCCAUAUAAUGGUCAUUGCUACCUGAAACAAAUAUGUGUACAGUGCGCCCCUGUGUUACAGAUGUUCGGAUUGUGGAAUUUUGACCUUACGGAAAUUACAAAACAUGACUUGAAUUCAUGACAUGAGCCAUAAAUUCAUCCUCAUGGAAAUAUGGGAUAAAUAUUAAAAUUUGUAACAUGAAAUGCAAAAUAAAUCUAGCCAAAGCAUUUUUUAAAUAGAAAUUGAGGCAUAUGUUAGCAAUGUAACACAGUAUGUAGCUAAACACUGGUUAGCUUGUGUGCAUCAGUGACGUAGAAGGAUGGCUGCUGUUCCCAAUUUAUUUUAGACUAUGCAGUGCAUUAUAUCAUAUAAGAUGUUUAGAAAGAAGCUGUCAAGGACACCUAAAAGAACAUGGAAAAGUGUACCUACUAUUAUUUCUGAUGGUUAAAUGAAAAUAUGCUUUUAUUACCACUGCGGACCAAAUAAUUCUGUAGGAAUACAUCUCCACAUUUUUUUCCCCCCUUCCAUGGGUUCUUUAAUGUUUUCAGACUAGAAUUUCAGAUCUCCACUCAUAAUAUGGAUGUGUUAUGUACACACAUUCAAGUGCACAUCCCUUCUGUAAUGUAGGGGCAUGCUGUAUUCUAUACCAGAUUAUAUAUUGUUAAAAAAAUGUUUUAUUUAUAUGCAUUAAUUUUUAUGUGCAAUAAAUAACAGGUAUCUUCAAAAUUCAGUACGAGAAAGUAAAUUUUGAAGCUUUUGUUACUUGAGUUAAGUUGUUUUUAAUGAUUUGGUUUUGUAUGUGGAGAUUUUGUUUGCAAUUAAUGAAAAAACAUUUAUGACAUGAAGCUGAAUUAAAAGUUUUUUCCGCCCCCUCCUAAUUUAUAAAUGCAUAAUAUUUCAAGUGAUGGACCUUCCAUUUUGUGUUGACAUUUUAGUUCAAAAUUAUUUGCUGCUUGGAAAGGUAUGUUGAGAAGAUAUGUUAUAAUCUUUAGGCCAUCGGUCUCAGAAGUUCACAUUUUAAGUUUGUCCAUUUAUUAUUUUAUAUUAUUAUUAACAGUUUUAUUUAUUAGCCAGGAAGAAUAGAUUAACACCAUUCCAGCACAAUUGUAAUAACUAUCUUCAUUAAAUGGCUUAUUGACAUGUUAUGUUUCCAUGGUAUUUCACAAUAUAUACAACAGUAACGAAGGAUAAAAAGAAUAUUUCUGGGAAUUUGUCCAGCCCAACUUGAUAUUAUUUCAUUAUGUUGUUUCUCUGUGCAUAUGAUUUUUCCUAGAUUAGUAGACUCUUUAUAGAUCUAAGAAGGUAAACAGAAUUUGUGUGUUAAGCCAUGUAGAUAUGUGUAAACAGCAAAUUUCAAAUUUCUUUAUACAUGCACCAUAUAGACUCGUGUAAAGUACAAAACAACAGGUCUUGUAGUACUCCAGCUAGUUGACAAUUAUUUGUGUUUGUAUAUUUUUAUUUUAGUACAAUUUAAGAUAUUUCACAAAGCAAAUAUCUGUGUACCAAGUUGAAAGUAGUAGUUCUUUACCAGUACUGGUGAUUUAUUUUUUAACAUUCAGCAAGGAACACUUUCAUGAUCUUCAAAUAAAUAUUUUUUAACAUC